AAAGAACAAAUGGCCGGCCACACUGGCACCGUGUCUGAUCACUAACCAUCAUUGUUCUUAUCUCUCUCUUUCUCUCUCUCUCUGUAUAUAUAUAUAUAUAUUCUAAACUCAUCUCUAUUUUCCACAUACACAAAUCGAUCAGGAUGGCUUUGCGAAUCUUGUCGAUAGUUAUCUCUAUCAUUUAUUUCUUCUUCUUGACUAAAUCUUUUGGUGAGCUUGUUACAAUUCUCCCAGGCCAACCUACCCAUGUUUCUUUCAAACAGUACUCUGGUUAUAUUGUAACAGAUGCGGCUCAUGGCCGAGCUCUUUUCUAUUAUUUCGUUGAAGCUGAUUCAGCUCAUCCGUUAUCUCGUCCCUUAACAGUGUGGCUAAGUGGAGGUCCUGGUUGCUCUUCACUUGGUGAAGGUGCAUUCACGGAAAAUGGUCCAUUCCAGUCUAAGGACAGUGGACACUUGGCUAAGAAUAUAUAUUCUUGGAACUUGGAAUCCAACAUGUUGUAUGUGGAGAGUCCCAUUGGAGUAGGCUUUUCAUAUUCCAACACCAGCUUAGACUACAUUUCUUGGAACGACACUACAACUGCUGAGGAUAAUUUGAAGUUUCUUCUUAACUGGUUGGAAAAAUUCCCAAAAUACAAACACUCAGACCUCUAUCUAGCCGGAGAUAGUUAUGCAGGCCAUUACGUUCCACAGCUUGCAUCUUUACUGCUGGAGUACAACAGGAAGCCCGACAUCAGACCCAUCAAGCUGAAGGGCGUUGCUCUUGGGAGUCCACUUCUUAACUUAGAUAUUAGCAUGGAGUCCGCCGACGACUUGUGGUCGCAUGGAGCAAUCUCAGAUGAAACAUUAAUGCUGGAGAAGACAAUUUGUAAGAUUCCAACAUACUACAAGGAGUUGUUUGUCUAUAAAAAUCUGUCCAAGGAAUGCAUUGAUGUGUUUGAUAGAAUCAAUGGAGAGAUUGGUGAUGAUCUCGAUCGCAAUGACCUGCUCUCGUUCAAGUGCUUACCAUCGAGCAGAGCUGAACAAUUUAGAGCCAGAGCAACAAACCCAAUGGCAAAGGGAACGAGUGCUGCUGAUCCAUGCCUCUCAGAUAGAGUUCUUGCUUACCUCAACAGACCUAAGGUUCAAAAAGCACUUCAUGCCAUUCCAGUGAACUGGAGCUUUUGUUCAGGGCCUCUUCAAUACCAAAUGGAUAAUGUGGAUAUAAACAUAAUACCAGUCGUCUCAGAUCUUCUCAAGAGUAAUAUUUCCAUCAUGUUAUACAACGGUGACCAAGACGCAAAAGUUUCACUCAGUCAGACGAGGAUAAUUGCUAAUACUAUUGCUAAAAGUUUGAAGCUUGUUCCCCUGACAAGUUAUGGACCUUGGUAUGAUAAUAAGCAGGUGGGUGGCUGGGCUCAGUCGUUUGGUAAGCUAAGAUAUGGAAAGAACGUGACAUAUCUUACCUUUGCAACAGUCAGAGGUGGAUCGCAUGGAGCUCCAUACACAUCGCCAUCACAAGCUCUAACACUGUUCCGAGCAUUUCUAAGUGCAUCUUCUCUGCCCACGCCCAAAGUUGCCUAGAGGGAGGCUUUGAGCCCAUAGCUCAAUUGAAUUGGUGCUUUAAACUUGCGUCUUUGUCUUCUUCACAGCUAUAGCUACCUUAUUUGUAUAACUCUUUUGAUAACAAUAAUAAAUGUCCGAUGAUAUAUCUUCUUCUUUC